AUGCAACAGGAUGGAAAACAGCGAAGGUCGACGGCGGCGCCGAGCCCUGCGGUUUGUAGCACCAACGAUGAAGAAGAAGACGCCCUCACACAGAGCGAGAGGCAGUUUGGCAGCGGCGAAGAACUAGCCGACGCGGCGGACGACCAAAACCUCAGCGCAGAGUACGAGGAGUCUGGAGGCGAAGCACACGAGGACGAGAGGAAGUGUGUGUGUGUGCAGCCCCUGAUGAGGGAGGCGUUGGAGAAUAAGGUGGAGAUCACCAAACAGGAGGCUCGGGACCUGGUGGAGCGCUGCCUCAAAGUGCUUUACUACAGAGACGCUCGCUCCUACAACAGGCACGAGAUCGCCAUAGUAACAGAAGAGGGCGUGGAGAUCAUUGGUCCUCUGUCUUCUGAAACCAACUGGGACAUCGCUCACAUGGUCAGUGGGUUCGAAUGAAGACGAGCUGCGACCGAUGAAGCAUCGCUGUUUGUCUGCUCAGUCUAAAACAACACCUGCUUUAUCCCAGUUUAGUUUUUUUUCUGCUGUUCACUGUAACUUUUGUAUAAUGAAAAAUAAAUGUUAAAAAAAAAAA